AUGUUGUAUCUUGUUGGUCUUGGUCUCGCUGACGAAACUGACAUCACUGUCAAAGGCCUCGAGGUUGUCAAGAGAGCUGAGCGGGUUUACCUUGAGGCAUACACAAGCAUUCUGCUAGUGAGCAAAGAGAAGCUAGAAGCGUUCUAUGGACGUCCCGUUAUCGAAGCAGACAGGGAACUUGUUGAGACCGGCAGUGAUGAGAUCCUGGCUGGGGCCGACAAGGCAGAUGUCGCAUUCCUUGUAGUUGGCGAUCCUUUUGGAGCCACGACACAUACGGACUUGGUUCUCCGAGCUCGAGAGAUGGGCAUUGAAUCCAAGGUUAUCCCGAACGCCUCGAUCAUGUCCGGCAUUGGCUGCACUGGUCUGCAACUCUACAAUUUCGGACAAACUGUGAGCAUGGUGUUCUUCACGGAGAACUGGAAGCCGUCCUCUUACUACGACCGGGUCAAGGAAAACGUUCAGUUAGGCCUCCACACAUUAGUGCUCUUGGAUAUCAAGGUCAAGGAGCAAUCGUAUGAGAACAUGGCUAGAGGACGGAGGAUAUUUGAACCUCCGAGGUACAUGACCGUCGCCCAAUGUGCGAGCCAGAUGCUGGAAACCGAGGAAGAACGAAAGGAAGGUGUCUUUGGACCCGACAGCCUUGCGGUCGGAGCUGCUAGAGUCGGCGGUCCUGACCAGAAACUGGUUGUGGGCACUCUCAAAGAACUGUCAGAGGUGGACAUGGGGCCGCCUUUGCACAGCUUGGUGUUGCUUGGAAGAAAAGCGCAUGAUCUGGAGCGUGAUUAUAUCAGAGAGUUUGCUGUGGAUAAGGCAACCUUUGAUGCUAGCUGGAAGAAAGGGUAUGGGGCAACUUCAUGA